AUGAGAAGCGAAAUGUGAUUCGUGUCAUCAGAAGCUCGGAAGGUUGCCACAGUUCAAAACCCGUCAAGUGUAGGUGAUCCCAGAUUCCGAAACUCGUCGGGUGAAGUUGUCACUGUCGCACUAGUCGGUGAUUUUUGCUCAACUAUCAAUCACCGCCAGGCCAAAGGAUCCCCAAAGCACUUUUUUUGCUCGGAGUAUGUGCGUGUGAGUGACAUCAAUUGACAGAGCUUGAUAAACUAGCAACUCCAGAGCAAAAAGAGACUUUGUUCUGGACAAACUGCAUCAUCACCAGUCUCACUCCGAUUUGAUAAGUUGGUGCUCUCUUUUCAAGUGAGAUUCGAUUCAGAUUGCUUGGUUGGUGAGCGUGUUGUGUUGGGCACCCAUCAUUAUUGGCUCCAAUUUCCUGGCUGGCAUGCCAACUAAGGAUCAUCCGUUCUUCGUCUCCAUGAUCGCACAAAAGGAUGGCAUUCCAUUACCCCGAGUGGCUCAAUUUAGCGUGCACUUCGUCUAGCAAAGAAAAACUGCCCAAUGAUCCCGGAUCUCACGAUCGUUCCGAACACGGCCCCCGCUCUCAUACCCGAAUGUCCUUCCUGUUUCGUUAGGUGGACCCAUGAGGCCACGCCUUCAUGAAGAAGAGUGGCUCCAGUGCCGCCAGCACCUCGUCUUCCAGCCUCCUCAAUCCGCCCCAACUCCAGGCCCGCCGAAGCUCAGCCCCCAAUCCCGGCUCUGACUCCAAGUCAAGCGGAGGGCCCGGGGGUGGGUCAGGAUGUGCCCAAUCUACCCCUCCCGGGGCCACUGCCUCCGCUCUACUUCUCGCCGGCACUCCAAACUCGAACGUCAUCAAAAGCGGGGCUCGCAGUGCCACAACUAGUCCGGUUUCUGGCGUACCCCCGGGUGCCUUCCUGGGAGAUAAGGGAAGCAGCCCCCGUCAUAGAACCUCCACGGAUGCUUGGGUGUGUCCCAACGAUCGACAACUCGCUCUUCGAGCAAAGCUUCAUUCUGGCUGGUCUGUGAAGACCGCCAAUUUAAAUCAGUGGAAGCAACCUGAUCCAAUGUCCACGGACGAACAUGACCUCAUUCUCAAGGUCAUCGAAAAGGCCGAAGCCUUGGAAAAAGCCGAGAUGCAAAGAGUGGGGAAACUGGUCGAAAGGCUGGAGACAAUGCGCCAAUGCCGAAUGGGCAACGGCGAGACCGAGUGCGUAUUAUGUGGGGAAGUCUUCCGAUUCUACCACCGAUCACAACGGAGAUGUGCAGAAUGCGACAAGAUGACGUGCAGCAAGUGUGGGGUGGAGUCCAGUUCGUUCCAUCCCACACCAGGCGGGAAGCCCCACCCGGAGGGAAGUCGCUCAGGCUCCAUAACGAGUACCCUCAGCUCGUCGGCCUCUUUCAUAUCUGUAAGUGGUCUAUCCAGUUUGACUGGGGCUGGAUCAAGUGCCAAAGAGUCCAUAUGGCUGUGUAAAAUUUGCUCAGAGGAAAAGGAGAUGUGGAAGAAGUCUGGCGCAUGGUUCUUUAAGAGCAUGCCCAAGUACGUUCUACCUCCGGGUAGUCCGUUAGUACACGGUGGCCGUCCGCUGACCCGCCGCUUCUCUCAUUAUACCCCGUUGGGAGGUCAACAUAGCGAGUACUUUGUUGGUGGGGGAAGCGCAUCUGGAAGGUCCACUCCAGUCUCCCAACUUGAUGAUGGCAAUUCUUCAGAGGAGGAAGGACAAUUAGCCAAGCGAAGAAUUGUCAAACGAACCAAUAGGACGCCGGAUCCCUCUGAUGAAAGUGGACCUUCGUCGCUACAGGCUUCAAGAAGAUUUGUGAACCCUCCAGAUUCUGAGUACGACCACAAUGGAGGGGGUCAUCGUCGCAAUGGAGCUCAUUCCCAUCAUCAUCAUCCACUGCAUCCCCAUCACUUGGCACAUCCUCGCUCCCGCUCAACGAAUUCCAUUCCAAUCACCGAACUUGACCAAGCCGUUGCUAUCCUUUCCUCAGGCGUGGAUCUCACUCCCACCAUUAUCACCACGUCAGCAGUUACUUCCAAUGGAAUACCGCAUAUCAUGGCCUCUGGCAGCUCGAGUCCCACGUCUUCAAUUGGUUCCUCUCAAAUUGGAGCGAGUGAACACAUGUCACGUCCACGUCCGUUAUACCCUCGAGGACCUGGAGCGCGUUCCUGCAGCCCAAGAUACUACCGUCCUCCACACGGCACCCCUCCCAGAGGGCAUCCGCCACGCGGAGGCCCACCUCCUUGGGCCUACCCUCCCAGAGGUCCACCUCAGUUCCGUCCACCUCAACACAUAGUCAAUCGUAGUCCAAGCCCAUCUCCGCCUUAUUCACCGCGUGGCAUGACAAGACGAGGAGGACCCCCGCCUCCGGGACACCCUCGAUUUCGAGGACAUGGUCCACCUCGGUUUCGUGGCCCGGGCCCACCUCCACAUCGGUUUCCCCCCGGUGCUCACUCUGCUCCGCACUCUCCAGUUCUCUCCCACAGACAGUUUGACGGUUAUGAGAUGCGAUCGCCUGGUGCUAUGGGCGGCUCAAUUGGUGAUCAACUGGCCAUGAGGAGACCGUCGAGGCUCUUGGAUGUCACUGCUAUCGCGAUUGCUCCACUAGAAAGUGAACCAUCAAGUUCUUCGAACAGUGCCAAUGGAUCCACCACUAUAGCUACCUCAUCCUCGGUCCCUGUAGGCCCUCGACGCAGCAGCGUCCUUACCCUGCCACCUACAACACCUCCAUCAGAAGCCAAUGACCUCGAUGAAAUCGAAGAAGACUUACCCAGUGUGACGUCGGAAUAUCCCUCCUCCUCGGGUUCCAAAUUUGUUAUCAAACCCAAGCCCGCAGUUGACAAAGAAAAUAAAUUCACCUCGACCCUGCGACGCCUAAGCACUGUGAGGAAGCGGAACAAAAGCAAACGGAAAGAGAAGAUGGACCGGUCCUUCAUGGAACAGGAAGUGAGCGAGGUCGGCGAGAUCGGAACGUCCCCUGGUGGAAAUGGAGUUCGUCCAUCCAGCACAACCUCGAGGGAGAGUGAAGCCGAGGUUGUCACAUCCGGCUAUUUCAGUAGACAAGAAUCGCAUAGUCGAGGAUCCGACGAAACCCUCAGCUCACCAAGAUCUCCUGAAGGCUCCUAUGGAACCAUCGAGUUCACCAUCAUGCACGAUGAAGUCAAUCAUCUUUUGGUUGUCAACAUUAUUAAGGCCAAGAAGCUCAAAGGUACGGAUGCCAACGGGUUGGCGGACACCUAUUGUAAAGUCACUAUUCUACCCACGGCCACGAAGGGUGGUAACCAGCAAUGCACAAAGACUGUCUCGAAGAGCAUUAAUCCCAAUUAUAAUGGUGUUCUCCACUUUGGUGGCAUCGGUAGUGAGCAUAUUGGCACCACCACCAUGACGCUCACGAUUCUUGAUGAGGACCUGGCUGGUGAUAACUUGUUGGCGGAAACGACCUUAUCCCUCAAGAAGCUUUUGCUGGCUCUUCCUCAACAGAAAAAGUUCCAACUGCCCCUAGAGAAGCCAGAUUUGAAGAACACCCACGAUGGUCUGAUCGUAUCAUCCAACGUGGGACAGAUUGAGAUCUCGUUGGGAUUCUACGCCAAAUCUGGAACGCUCAAAGUGACAAUCAUUCAGUGCUUGGAUCUACCCGUCAUGGAGGAGUCCGGUUCCGCCAAUGCCUUCGUUCAAGUUGUGAUGCACCCGGUAACCAAGACUUCCAAACAUCAGACCACAGUCAAAUGGAAAUCUCUGAGUCCGGACUUUCAUGAACAGUUUGUGUACUUAACCUCUAGCCAUGAUCUUCCGAAGCAGAGCCUUUACAUCACAGUGUGGAACAAAGAAAAGGGCAGAGCGGAUGAAUACAUUGGUGGUGUGAUAUUGGGCAUGCAUGCCAAAGGUGGUCGGUUGCGUCAUUGGGUGGACACAACCAAGAAUCCAAGUCAGGUGCAGAAACGAACUCACUUUCUGAGUGCGACUUACAUAGACUGAUUGGAACUCACAGUGAUCAUCACCACACCUUUACUUUGGAACGACGAACUUGUUAUAGCUGAUUGGAUCAUCCCGGGGCAUCAGUUACUUACAUGGAAAUCAUCUUUAUUCACUCCUUCCUUCCUACCUUCCCCAAAACACGUUCAUAUUAUCGCUACUUAUUGGUUACAAGUCCAAUUAUCAUCAUAAAUGCCACGUCCUCAUCAAUAUCAUCAAAGUAAUCCAUCACCCUAAAUCACCUACUUCCCAGUGGCAUCGCUUACCCAACAAUGGUUCCAAUCGAUGGGUCAGUGGCAUUUCCAGCCCAAAUGUCAACUGAAGCUACCCCAAGAUGACAAAUACAGCCAUAUAUUUUUCCUAACUAUUAUAAUGCCCCCCCCCUCCCUUUCCAUUCUUGCGCUCUAUCUUUGAUUCUCUUUCUCUAUCUCUCUUUGGACCUCUGAUCCAUUCAAUAGCAGGGGAUUUGCUUUCUGUCUAUUUGAUCAACCUGGUUGUUACAAAUCUCGGUCUACUCCUCGGCUUUGGGGUUCGAUGGGUCUCAUCGAGAUUGGCACCACGACACGUAAUGGUUGUGGGCCCUCUUUCAUCCCGGAACCAGAGCUAGUAUUACCCCUCAACGUGAUGGUUCAUUGCCAUGAUAAGUCAAUGAAUUCAGUCAUUUUCACUCGAAAUUGCCAACCAUUCUAUUCUCAUUCAAUGGUUGUGACUCCAACUUUACUAUCGUUCAAUUGAGAUCCACUCCGAACCACGAUUCAAGAAGACCUCUUUCCAUUCCUCACUCAGUAUUUCGGAGACACAUUAAUCUUUAUGAUCUAGGCGAUCAUUAUUGGCCUGGUAGUAGAACUCUUUUAUCAAAGAAAGAUGCGUUUGAUCGGCUCUCACACUUAAAAUAAAGGCAAAACAACCAACUGGUAAAUGUGUACCACACCCGACGUAAAACUCAACCAUGGAUGAUGGUAAGAAUACACUACGAACCAGCUCUUUCUCCUUCCGACAAACAAUUGACUUACCCAUCGUUUGAAUAUAUUCCUAAUAGUAUUGACGGUCUAGCUAUCUAUCUAUCUACUUUUUCAUUCCAUCAUUGUUACGAUCACCAUCCUAUUUUCUCGACAAUGAAAUGUUCUUCAUUGAAAAUACAGGAGUCUAAAACUUA